UGAUUUACCGAUAGAUGUUUCUUGAUCUUUUGAUUUGGCUGAUAUGUCCAAAAUUAUAUAAGUGUUAGCACGAGCAUAAAAUUGAGUAUCAUGGAUACAAUAUGCCUACAUAACGGGGUUUACAAUUUGGUCAUUUGACAACUAGGAGCGACGUCUAUAGCUUUGGAGUAGUGUUGUUGGAACUGCUAACUGGAAAACGUGCCGUGGACAAAAGCCGUCCCAGCAGAGAACAAAUUUGGUGGAAUGGGCAAGGCCCCUGUUGAAAGAUCCGCAUAAGAUUGAUAAAAUCAUGGAUCCGAAGCUUGAUGGUCAAUACUCGUCGGAAGGGGCGAAGAAGGCGGCUACACUGGCACAUCAGUGCUUAAGCCACCGUGCCCGAUCUAGACCUACGAUGGACGGCGUCGUGAAAAUGUUGGACAACAUUUUGGACUUAAAAGAUGACAUCCCGGUCGGGCCAUUUGUGUACAUUGUGCCCAAAGAAGGGAAAAUGGCAGCAGAGGCUCAUGAGCUGACUUCAGAAAAAACAAAAGGGCACGUGAAAAAUGAGGAGGAAAAGAGGGUUCCCGGCAACAAUGGACGAGAAGAAGACGACGACGACGAAAGGGCAGCCGAAUUGAAAAAGAAAAAAAAUGGAAAUGGUUGCCAACGAGGCAGAAAAGGACAUACGCAUAAGCAUCGAAUCAGGUCUCGUGCUGUUUACUCCGAUACCGCUCUCUAUACAAAUCUAAGGAAAGAAUUUAAGCUGCCAAAGGCCAAGGAGUUCAAGAUUGUGAAGAUGGACGCCUGCCCAUCCCAAUCGAAAUGUACAUGAGGAUUCAAGAAGGAUUAAGGACCCCAGUUAUUUGUUUUUUGGUUUAUUCUUUUGGGUAGUCAUCAGCCAACGAGUUCAAUUGUUGAGUGAGUGUUUGAGCAGAUAUCUCAAGAGUGAGGCACUGAUAUAUUAGAGCAACUAUUCUCAAGAGUGAGGCUCAAUUAUUAGUGUCCAAUAUAAAUUUAUUUUGUGUGUUGUUAUUAAA